AUGGAGCAAAUACUACUACUAGAGAAGCUGGCCGCCGAUGAAUGCCCACCAGCGCAACCAGUCUACAGAUCAUGGCGCGCAAUCUUUCAGGCGGAGGUUUUCAUGGCGGCUGCGGGCAUGCUGCUCUUUUUCGAGCUAGUGUGCGGUUCUCUCCGGCGACGAAGCAACAACUCGUUUGUCCACCGGGGGCUAUGGGUGGCCUACACCCUCCUUCCCCUUCUCAUCACCUACACCCUCGGCCUGAUGCAGUCCGCUCAUGCCAAAGUGCUCAUGUAUCCCGUGUGGGCGCUGUCCCUGAUGAUCGCCGGAGGCGCCACCUCCAUCACCGCCCAUGACCUCGACGACAACAAGCAGUGGAAGCGAGCUCUGUUCGUCAUUCUCCAGUAUGACAUGUACUUCUGCAUAAUACUGUUUCAGCUGGUGUACCCCAACCCCAACCAGCAGAUAAGCGUCGCCCACGCAGCGACCCCCGUCCUGGACAGCAUAAAGCUUCUGCUAUGGCACCCCAUCGCCGUCCCCGUCUUGCUCCUCUUCACCACUGUCUGCAUUGCCCAUACCUUUGGAGCAAUCGCUGGCUGGAGGGCCAACUACUCCUACCCUAGCAAAAUGGUUGCCGACUACAUGAAGCGUCAUGCCGCUGCAGCGGCAGCGGUAUCCCGCACUACAGCACCAAGUGGCCAUAGGAGCUCCUCCACUGUCUCCAGAAUGAUGAGAUGCCAAGCGCAAGCGGUGGCAGAAGAGGACGACGAAGGGCUCAUCACUGUGGAGAAGAUCGGGGACUGGUGCUGCAGGAACGAAGACAAGUUCAGGUCAUGGGGCGUCAGCACGUCCCGGAUCAAAGGCGCCUGCCUUGCAUAUUCCCUGUCUCACCUGCUGAUGCGCCGCUUCUUCGGGAUGGAUUGCGCGGAGGCAAGCCUUCCGGAGACGCGCCACUUCGUGCUUCGAGGGCUGCUGUCAGAGAGCAACACUGACGAGUACAUCAAGGCAUUCAGGGUGAUCGAGGUAGAGCUAGCAUUCCUGUACGACUUCUUCUACACCAAGUACGCAUUGAUCUUUGGGAUGGAAGGGUUCUUCUUUCUCAUGGUCCUAGUGAAGAUAGUAUGCGCAUCCACCAUUGGAGUACUUAUGCUCUACAGACCAUUUGCCCAAGGUUUUCCCCAGUGCUGGUACGGUGACAUUGUCAUCAGCCCUAGCCUGACUAGUGUCAACAUCACAGUCGCAAUCAUCGCAAUAUUCCUUACAGUAGAAGCACUGCAGUUCGUACUGUACAUGGGAUCGGAUUGGGCCAUGGUAUCACUCGCCUGCUGCCAUAUCACCGAAGGAAGGCCCCAUGGAUAUAUCCCACUAUCAUUUCGCAAGCUGUUUGGGUUUCUUUUCAGUAGGCAGAGGCUACCGUUAUUCGGGUAUUGGCAGAAUAAACUAGGCCAGUACUCUGUCAUACAAGGCUCCAGAUUCUUCAGCUCUAGCAACCAAUUUGCUUUCGAAUGUAGUGGCCUGACCACGUUCAUCCUUUCCAAAGCCAUUGCUUACCUGGGUCAAUGUGUGGUCAGUCUGUUUUCAAGCCAAGGUCUGCAUUUUGUCAAGUUACCUGAAAUAAUCAAGAGCCAUAUUGGAUCCACACUGAAAUCCAGUACUGACGAUGGUGGCUACCUGACUAACGGGAAAACGUCGUUGCAGCGCAACCAUGUUCUUGGGAAUUUCUCCUGGACAUUGCAGAAUGAGACUCAGACUGAGAGCAUGCUUAUUUGGCACAUUGCAACUGACUACUGCAGCAUCAUGGUGUCUGACGAGGGAAACAGCAGGCAGAUUUCUAAUUCCAGCUAUCGUCAGCACCGUGAGGUGGCAACCAAAUUGUCAUGCUACUGUGCGUACCUGAUGUCUAAUGUUCCCCAGCUGCUUCCGGGGAACUCUGUAGAUACCAAAUUUGUGUUCGACCAAGCUAUGUACCAAGCCAGAGAAGCACUGGGAACCAAGAAGCGUGAUAGAGCUGGAUUGCGGAAUGCCGCCGCCACUGUCAUCAGCAACCAAGAUGAAGGCAGUAGCAAUAGCAUCUUCACCAAAGGUCUCAAGCUUGGAGCUGAGCUUGCGAGCAUACAAGAUGAUUGCCUGCGAUGGAGAGUGGUGGCCGAGUUCUGGGUAGAAACCAUCCUCUACAUUGCACCGUCAGAGAACGCCAAGGCGCACAUGGAGUGCCUACCGCAAGGUGGGGAGUUUCUCACGCACCUCUGGGCUCUCCUCACUCACGCCGGUAUCCUCAGUCGACAGUCGCCACCGGCCGGAGCCGGAGCAAACCCAAGAGGAUGA